AUGCCGCCACUGACACAAACGCAGAACAAAUCAGAACAAAACAAAAGAGAACAUAACGGCACCGUGGGGGACGCCGCCGCUGCCGCCGGAUCCGACAAAGCCGCUGCCGCCUCCUCCGAUAACGCCGCCGCAGCCGCCGCCUCGGACAACGCCGCCGCAGCCGCCUCAGAAAACGCCGACUCCGCCGCCUCAAACAACGCCGCCGCCGCCGACUACGACAACGCGGCGACCACCACCGCCUGA